AGAAAGAAAAAAAAUUGAAGAGAUGCCUAAAGAUUUCAAAAUAUUUCCUGAUUAGAAAAGCGCUACUCAAAUCUCUUGGACGCUCAGGAAUUCAAAUACGGAAAAAGAGAGUAGGAGUGGAGAAAAGAGAGACCUAACGCUGCAGCUCGUCAGCUGUUUAUCAUCUCCUUUCCAACCAUGGAUUCAUCACCACAAGAUUUACUCUGAGGGCCUGAAACGGACGCACAGCAGAGAAGGGAGACAGACAGAGGAGGGAGAAGAGCAGGAAACCCUGGCUGAAAUAAGGAAAAAGCAGCUGUGAGGAGGAGGAGGAGGAGGAGAACAAAAAGCAAGGAAAGGUAGGGGAUAGCAGGAGCCGAGGCGCCCCGUUUUUCCACGCAACGCAAGAAGGGAAACGGAAAAAGGAGAGGGGCGAUAAAAGUAAGGGACGGAGGGAGAAUAGCUGUCCUGAUAUGGGGUUUUGUGCUGUUCUUCUCAUCUGUCUAUCCCAGGCUGAGCUGGGCAGGGUCUGGGCCCAAGAGUAUAAAGAUGCAUAUAGGGGCACUGCUCUGAGGAUGGAUGGAGACACAGACAGUUUUCAGCGAACCAGGGGAGACCGACAGAACCAAGAAAAACACAGAGAAGCCCGCAAUGCACAGGCUGACGGGGGAAGAGUCCAUGUCAGUCCCCUCCCAGACAACAUGACCCGUAUAUUGGAGGACUCCCAGAAAUACUACAUUUGGGAGAGUUUCAGUCCGACGGACAGAAAAACUGAACAAUUGUUGGUCGACCUGAACAUCCUGCAUAAAAGUCAAGUCAGAAUCCACGGCAUCCUGUCCAACGCGCACCGACAGGCUGCGAGAGUGGCCCUUUCCUUUGAUUUCCCCUUCUAUGGACACAACAUCAGACAAAUUAUUGUAGCAACAGGGGGGUUCAUCUUCAUGGGUGAGAUAACUCACCGCAUGCUGACUGCAACGCAGUACGUAGCGCCCCUUAUGGCCAACUUUGACCCCAGCUUCUCCACAAACUCCACAGUGAGCUACAUGGACAACGGUACUCUGUUUGUGGUGCAGUGGGACAAGGUGCGACUAAAGGACCGCGAAAACGAAGGAGCGUUUACUUUUCAAGCAGCCCUGCACAGUAACGGAAGUAUUAUUUUCAACUACAUAGAGAUCCCUGUACCAGUGGAGAAAAUAAAUUCCACGGAGCAUCCGGUUAAGGUUGGACUUUCUGAUGCUUUCAUGGCAUUCCUCCCUGCUUCACAGCUCUCAGAUGCAAAGCAGCGUACCAUCUAUGAAUAUCACCGGGUUGAGAUUGACACCACAAAGAUCGUCAGUGGGUCUGCGUUUGAAUUCACACCUCUGCCCACUUGUCUGCAGCACACAUCCUGUGAAGCCUGCCUGACCUCCAACUUGACAAGCGGCUGCGGAUGGUGCAACACACUCCAACGAUGUUCGGAUGGUAUUGACCGGCACAGACAGGAGUGGCUGGACUAUAACUGCCCUGAAGAGUCUAAAGGCAAAUGUGAGGACUACAACCCUGUGUUACCUGAGGCAACUAUGAGCUCGUUCACCAACUUGUCUCUUGAACCAACGCCUUCGUUAGCGGACCCCGGAGUGCAGCCUGUCACAAGAGAUAUAGAGACCAGUCCGCCGGACCACAGGGGGAUAACGGAGAACACAGCCAUUAUAGCAGGGGUGGUGGCUGCAUUAGUUUUGCUGGUAACAUUGACCUUACUGGCAGUUUACUACAUCAACACCCACCCCACAGUUGCUCCACCGUUCUACCUCAUGCAGCGACGCACAAAUAACUACUGGCCCUCCAUGAAGUUUCGUAACCAGAGCUGUCACUCCACUUACGCUGAGGUGGAACUCGGUGUUCACGAGAAGGAAGGUUUCAUCGAAGCGGAGCACUGCUGCUAAACGUCUGGGACCUUUUUUUUUAAAGAAGGCGUGCCAUCUUGAAGCAAUGUAAUGGUACAAAAUGAGAUUUUUUUUUUUUUUUUUUUUUUUUUAAACAGACUUUCGGGCAGAUUACUGACACAAGAUGUCCUUACUUCAGCCUUCGAGGCUGGACAGUGUUUACUGUACCUGCUCCCGUAGCUCUUUGCAGCUUUCUCUGUCUGUUUUUGCUGUUUUGCCAUCACACAGCCAUGUUAUCCAAUGGUUGGGUGGGGGGGGGGGGGGGGUUGGACAAGAUGAGGAGGAUCUUCUACACCUGUUGAUGGAAGUGGGCAUCAGGGACUGAAUCAAACAAGCCUUCAUACUGCAAACCAAUGUACAGCUCGUCAUAAUCUAUGUGUUUCUUUUAUCAUCCAUUUUAUGGAGUAUUUUUCUUCUACGAAACUUCUGCGCAGGAUUUGUUCACAAUGGCGCCACGUGGACUUGUCUACAACAGAUAUCUAGCUAUACAACUGAUAGGGAAUUUAAUAAUCAUCUCAGAUUCUUCUGGACAACUAUUGUAUGAAUGGAUGUUAGAGUAACCAAUGUAUGAGUUUUCUCUAAAACCUUCUGUUUAAGUGUCUUCUAAUAAAAGCUGAAGGAAAAGGUG